AACCCGGGCCUAUGCACCGCGUCCGCGGGUUCCACGCGGAGUCGCUGGUCCCCGCGCACUGCCCCAGAGCCUCACCAUGUUCACCUUCGUGGUUCGCGACGAGUACAGCAGUGUCUACGCCGAGGUCUCCCGGCUGCUGGUCGCCUCAGGCCACUGGAAGAGGCUACGGCGGGACAACCCCAGGUUCAAUCUGAUGCUGGGAGAACGGAACCGGCUGCCCUUCGGGAGACUGGGUCACGAGCCUGGGCUGGUGCAGUUGGUGAAUUACUACAGGGGGGCAGACAAACUGUGUCGAAAAGCUUCUUUAGUGAAGCUAAUCAAGACAAGCCCAGAACUGGCUGAGUCCUGCACAUGGUUCCCCGAGUCUUAUGUGAUUUACCCCACUAAUCUCAAGACCCCAGCUGCUCCCACACAGAAUGGAGUCCACCCACCGAUCAAUAACUCGAGGACGGAUGAAAGGGAAUUCUUCCUGGCUUCUUAUAACAAAAAGAAGGAAGAUGGAGAAGGCAAUGUUUGGAUUGCAAAGUCAUCCGCUGGUGCCAAAGGUGAAGGCAUCCUCAUCUCCUCCGACGCUGCAGAACUUCUAGAUUUCAUAGACAACCAGGGCCAGGUGCAUGUGAUCCAGAAGUACCUUGAGCACCCUCUGCUGCUGGAGCCAGGUCAUCGCAAGUUCGACAUCCGAAGCUGGGUCUUGGUGGAUCACCAAUAUAAUAUCUACCUCUAUCGAGAGGGUGUGUUGCGGACUGCGUCAGAACCAUAUCAUGUUGAUAAUUUUCAAGACAAAACCUGCCAUUUGACCAAUCACUGCAUUCAAAAGGAAUAUUCAAAGAACUAUGGGAAGUACGAAGAAGGGAAUGAAAUGUUCUUUGAGGAGUUCAAUCAGUACCUAACAAGUGCUUUGAACAUUACGCUGGAGAGCAGUAUCUUACUACAAAUCAAACAUAUCAUAAGGAGCUGCCUCAUGAGCGUGGAGCCUGCCAUCAGUACCCGGCACCUCCCCUACCAGAGCUUCCAGUUAUUUGGCUUCGACUUCAUGGUGGACGAGGAGCUGAAGGUCUGGCUCAUUGAGGUCAACGGCGCCCCUGCUUGUGCUCAGAAGCUCUAUGCGGAACUGUGCCAGGGCAUCGUGGACAUAGCCAUAUCCAGCGUCUUCCCGCCCCCCGACGCCGAGCAGCCGCCCAGCCAGCCGGCAGCGUUCAUCAGGCUGUGACAGGGAGGCGCAUGGGGUCCUGCUCCAGGAGUCAUCUGCUUGCUCCACGUGCAGCCAAAAUGAGAAACAGGCAGCUGGCGAAGAUGCGAGGUGGCGAGAGGGUGAGAGCGGAGGUGACCCCGAGGGGCUCCCCGGUGGAGCUGUCUGCACUGCUGUUGAGAUUUGAAAACUGCAGCGAAUUUCCCGGAGGGGAGAGCAAAAUCUUCACAGGGAUUUGGUCGUUUUCUGUUCUCGUCCUUGAAAGAAUCGGAUUUCCAUCUAAGGCAGUGUUGUAAGCAGCGCCUCUUCUCCCAGAGACCACUGGACCUUUGCUUGGCGUCUCCACCCGCUGCAGCCUUCGUGCCUUAGCUCUGUGCCAGCUGCAGCCUGGGCUGCACAGGGACUGGAAGCUAGAGCGCUUGGGAGGUAGCCAGGUGUCCCUGCGCACCCCCCGUGGCACUCUGCCUGGGAAAAUCUGGACAGGCUUGCCCCAGCUGCCUCGCAGGACAGGGCCUUGUCCUCGUCCCCCUCCUGACGGCCUGGGUCAGUCUCCUGUCGGGGUGGGUGUGGGCGGGGCACCGGUAUAGCGAACGCUGCUCUCAGUCUGCUCUCUGCAUGUUUUAGAAACCGAGCGGCAAGUUUGCUACAAACCCAUAAGCAUCAAAUAAGCAUGAGAGAGAAAAAAGAUGAUGUCUUGCUUUACUUCAUAGUUGGGCAUCCUUGAAAUAUGAUAAAUCUGUUAUCUUUGGUUUGACCAGAAUUCUUCAUGCACUUUUGCGAAGUUCCUGCUGUUCACUGUGUGUGUGUGUGUGUG